GUGAAGAGCUUGAACAUUCUUUUCGAAGAAACUGCGAUCACCGUCCCACCUUCUCCUUCGCCUUCCCCCAACGAGCGACGACUCCAUCCGCGCCAGGCUCCCCCCGCCCUUUCCUUCUCCUUCAUCGAACGACCCACCCGGCAGCCUCCAACCAGUUGCAGCAGCAACCAGCGCUGACGGCUACUGCUCCUCAGCACAACGACGCUACUUCAGUUCGCAGCUCUUCUCUGCCUCAUCCCAGCGACGACAGCCACGUCCAGGCCAGGAAUGGCGGCUCCUGCUCCUUGCUGGUCCAACCACAGUCGCAUGCCACUGGUCCAGCCACAGCCGUGCGCUGCUGUUUGUUCCGCUUGAUUCUGUGUUGUCGUUGCUGAGUUCACUCAAGAUUAAUUUCUCAAUACGGUCAACUCGAAUCUCUCUCCUUCAUGAGAUCUACUACAAUGGAAAAGGAUCAACCAAUUACUGUGACAGACACUGUUUAUAAGUUGCAACAUCACCUUCUUGAGGGCAUAAAAAAUGAAGAUCAACUAUUUGCAGCUGGAUCUUUGAUGUCGCAUAGUGACUAUGAAGAUGUUGUUAUUGAGCGGUCAAUUGCAAACCUGUGUGGCUAUCCGCUUUGCAACAAUUCUAUGCCAUUAGAUCGUCCUCAUAAAGGUCGAUAUCGCAUUUCGUUGAAGGAGCACAAGGUUUAUGAUCUACAUGAGACAUACAUGUAUUGCUCUUCCAGUUGUGUUGUUAAUAGUCGAGCUUUUGCAGGGAGUUUACAAGAAGAGAGAUGUUCUGUUCUGAAUCCAAUGAAACUUAAUGAUAUUCUAAGGAUGUUUGAUAAUUUGAGUUUAGAUUAUGAAUGUUUGGGGGAAAAUGGGGACUUGGGGCUGUCUAACUUAAAGAUUCAGGAGAAGAUGGUAGGCAGUGUGGGGGAGGUCUCUGUGGAAGAGUGGAUUGGUCCAUCAAAUGCAAUUGAGGGCUAUAUUCCACAACGAGAUCGUGUUUCCAUAAAUUCACCAUCAAAAGAUAAUUCCAAAGAAGGACCAAAAGCUAAGUGUACCAAACCAGUCAAUAAACAAGAUUGUUUCUUUAAUGACAUGGACUUUAUGAGCACUAUAAUCACUGAAGAUGAGUACAACAUUUCAAAAGCUCCCUCUGGUUCAUCAAGCACUGCCUCUGUCAUAAAUGUACAAGAGCAAGGAGGGAAAGAAAUUCGUGAAGGCUUAAAACAGUCAUCAUCUCCUGGAAAGCAUGGCUCCAAUAAGACAUCAAGAAAGUCACAAGGGGGGAAGAGUAAAAAGGUUGCAAAAGGUGAUCUUAGUAGCCAAGACCUGCCCACUUCAAAUUAUUCUCAGGUCAGUUCAAGUGCAAGUGAUGCUGAAGUUGAAGAAAAAUCUAAAAUUAAGAAAGCCGCUAAUUUGAGUGAAGCCAUGCUCAAACCCUCUCUUAAAGCUUUUGGUGCAAAGAAAUCUAAUCGCUCUGUUACUUGGGCUGAUGAGAAAAUUGAUGCUGGAAGUAGAAAUCUUUGUGAGGUCAGGGAAAUGGAAGAUAAAAAGGCAGUUCUUGAUACUCCUGACAGUAUGGACGGGGGACAUGAUGGUAACAUGUUGCUAUUUGAAUCAGCAGAAGCGUGUGCUGUAGCAUUGAGCCAAGCAGCAGAAGCUGUUGCAUCUGGAGAUGCUGAUCCUAGUGAUGCUAUGUCUGAAGCUGGAGUCAUCAUAUUACCACAUCCACAUGAUACAGAUAACGUUGAAAUGCUUGAACGAGAAUCUUCUUCUGUUAAGUGGCCAACAAAAGAGAUUCCAGGGGCAGAUUUAUUUGACUCUGAGGAUUCAUGGUAUGAUGCUCCGCCAGAAGGAUUUAGUUUGACGUUAUCCCCUUUUGCAACAAUGUGGAUGGCACUCUUUGCAUGGGUGACUUCGUCUUCGUUGGCUUAUAUAUAUGGGAGAGAUGAUGAAAGUUCCUAUGAAGAUUAUUUAUCUGUUAAUGGCAGGGAGUACCCUCGAAAGGUUGUCUUGAGAGAUGGCCGUUCUUCUGAAAUCAAGCAUACCAUUGAGGGGUGUCUUGCUCGGAGUUUACCUGGACUUGUAGCAGAUCUCAGGUUGCCAAUACCAAUGUCUAGACUGGAGCAAGGAGUGGGGCACUUGUUGGAAACAAUGUCCUUUUUUGAUGCGGUUCCUGCAUUCAGAAUGAAACAAUGGCAAGUCAUAGCUUUUCUCUUUGUUGAGGCUUUAUCUGUAUGUAGGAUCCCAGUUCUCACUUCAUACAUGACUAAUCGGAGGAUGAUGCUUCACCAGAUCCUUGAUGGUUCCCAGAUAAGUGCAGAAGAGUAUGAGGUUAUGAAGGAUCUCAUGAUACCUCUCGGCCGAGACCCUCGAGCUAGGAGUGGAGCAUAGUCUGUUAAAUAUUUUUCAGUCCCAUGGAGAACUUUGAUCAGAUAAUGCUAUUGCUGUUUUAAACAGUGAUUCUCAGGAGGUCUUGGGGAGGAAAGCUUAUGCAUACACACCGAUUUCAAUUCUCAUAGUGGAAAAUGAUCUAAUCAUGGUAUUGGCAUAUCUGGUAGUGAAACUGAUAUGGGAGCCUCAGCUAGGUCUCAUGCCUGCACAGUUAAAUUUUGGGAUCAAAUGAAAAAUGCUAUGCCAAUUCCCUUUAUAUGCAAAGGAAAGAUACCACUUAUUUUUGGCUAUUUGAUUGGUGCUUGUUUAUAUGUGCGUUUCGGCAAGAAUGAAGUUCCUGUAGCAGUAUCUCCUAUUUCCUAUUAUUAAGCAUGAAAGUUAAUUUAAAUUUAAGUUUUAUGUUUU